GAAGAAGAUGAGGCAAGGAGAAACAGGGGCUCAAAAAGGCCUCGGAAAAGAUUUGGCCCUGAUUCACCUCGUCCUCUUGGGUUUGCCUGCCCGUUUUACAGGAAGGAUCCCGAAAAAUACGGAGUUGCAACAGAUAUCAAGUACCGAACCUGUGGGGGCCCUGGGCCUUAUGAGGUUCGAAGGAUCAAGGACCAUUUCAAAUCGUCUCACAGAACUCCGCAAUGUGAUAGAUGCUAUUGUAUUUUCGAGGAUGUCACUCAACUCACUGAUCACAGACGCUCAGAGCCGCCGUGUGCUCAAAAGGGGAUUGAGCUCAAAGAAGGAAUCGAUGAUGGCCAGUGGGAAAUGAUAGAAAGGCUU